CCGCGGCCUCUCCCCGCGCCCCCUUCCGGAGCGGAGGCCCGCCUGCCCUGCGAGGCCUAACCUGACUGAAAAAGGCCAUUUCUGUGGGGAUUUUGGGGGUUUUUCGGGGCAAAACCCCCGAAUCCGUAAUGGGGGUCGAAGGAGGCCCCCGCCUGGGUUUGCUAUUUCUGGUGGCCCUGUUGGCCAGGCUGGGCCUGGUGGCCUGGGGCCUGUACCAGGACCGCCGCCUGGCGCUGAGGUACACCGACGUCGACUACCUGGUGUUGACGGACGCGGCCAGGCUGGUGACCCAGGGCCUCUCCCCUUACCUCAGGCCCACCUACCGCUACACCCCGCUGCUGGCCUGGCUGUUGACCCCCAACGUCUUCCUGUCGGGGCCCUUCGGCAAGGUCCUGUUCGCCGCCUGCGACCUGCUGGCCGCCCUCCUGCUGCACGGCCAACUGCGGCGACGGGGCCUGGGGCCCGGCCCGGCCCGGGGCCUGUGCGCCGCCUGGCUGCUCAACCCCCUGCCCAUGGUGGUGUCCAGUCGCGGCAACGCCGAGGCGCUGCUGGCCGUCCUGGUGCUGGCCACGCUGGACGCCCUGGAGCGGGGCCUGGUGGCGCGGGCCGCCGCGCUGUACGGCCUGGCGGUGCACACGAAGCCCUACCCCGCCACUUACGCCCUCGCCAUCGCCCUGCACCUGCGGGCCCGGGCGGACCGCCGGGCCACCCGGGGAAUCGCCGCCCGCCUGGUCCCCCGAGACCUGCUGGUCUUCGGGGCCGUGGCGGGGGGCACCUUCUGCGGCCUGGGCGCCAUCUUCCACCUCCUCUACGGCUGGGACUUCUGGCGCCACGCUUACCUGUACCACCUGACCCGGCGGGACACGCGGCACAACUUCUCGCCCUACUUCUACGCGCUCUACCUGACGGCGGGCGGCCGCUGGAGCCCCGCGCUGGGCCUGGCCGCCUUCCUGCCCCAACUGCCGCCGCUGCUGGCCGCGUCCUGGGCCUUCCGCCGGGACCUGGCCUUCUGCUUCUUCCUGCUCACGGCCAUCUUCGUCAGCUUCAACAAGGUCUGCACGUCCCAGUACUUCCUGUGGUACCUCUGCCUGCUGCCCCUGGCCGGGCCGCGGGUCCGCCUGGGCCGCGGGCGGGCCGGACUCCUCCUGGCUCUGUGGUUCGGCGGGCAGGCCCUGUGGCUGGCGCCCGCCUACUUGCUGGAGUUCGGAGGGAGAGACACCUUCCUGCUCAUCUGGCUGGCCGGCCUCCUCUUCCUCCUCAUAAACUGCUUCGUCCUGGUUCAGAUGGUGACCCACUAUCGCCCAGGGCAGCCGGGCAAGACAGCGAAACUGCAGUGACGCGAGGCGCGCUGACCGGCGCGUGGGCCGGGGAGAGCGGGUUGGGCUUUUUCAGUUUAAUAAUAAUAAUAAUGAUGGGUUUGGUUAAGCGCUUACUGUGUUCCAAGC